AUGUCGGAAGAAGAAAGAGAACUCUUGGCUCGCAUCGGUCAACUUGCAGGUUCGUGCCCUAUGUUCUAUGAUAAAAUACAUUUUACUGACGAUUUCAAAGGCCAGAUUAACCGCCACAAGAAUGGGCAAACAGGUCCUCGGCUCCCGCCGAACUCUCACCCUGCCCACCAUCGCCACAACUCGUAUCGACAUGCAAGCUCGCCGUACCCGGCUCGCCACAAUCGAGUUGGGCGACCACCCGCUGCGCAUCAGCAUAAAACGCUCCAUUUGAACGCCGAUAGCUCGAAUGCAUCCCGGUCCGCCAGCAGCGGUGCCGAGACACCACCAGGCUGGGUUUCCAGAAACGAUCGUCAUCGUCAGCUCAUCAACGCAAAUGUCUACGAAAGAGACACGCAGAAUCGAGCGAAAGCCAUUGAGCAGACGCAUCAGAAUAAGAUUAAUGGAUAUCGUCAGCACGAGAAGACAAAGUUUAACGAAUUCUUGAAACACCAGGCCGGCGCCUCAAGCGCGCAGACUAACCCCGCAGGUCAAAACGAGCUCACCGUCGAAGGUGUCCGGUUUCGCGUUAUGGAUGGCGGAAAGAAGCUUGUCAAAGUUCCUAAUGCUCUCAACUCGUCCUCUCGAACCCCCAAGACUGCUAUCAUUGCUGGGGUCAAGUUUUACCGAACAAAGACAGGCAACCUUGUGGCGAAUCGCAUUGUUAACGACCAGCGGCGAUCGGGCGCGGUCAAGAAGAUUGAUCAACUUUGUAAAAUCUUCUCAACGACUGGUUCAUGCACUAAAGGCCCUCAGUGCCGCUAUAUUCACGAUCCCAACAAGGUUGCUCUCUGUAAAAACAUCCUGAAAGACGGACAAUGUGUCAACGGCGAGUUCUGUGAUCUUUCCCAUGACAUGACUCCCGAGCGCACACCCAACUGCUUGCACUUCGCCAAAGGCCAUUGCGCCAAGGAUGAUUGUCCUUAUACUCACUCCAGAGCGUCCCCUGCUGCUCUAGUGUGCCGAAGCUUCGGCUUCAAUGGCUACUGCGAGAAGGGGGCAGGUUGUACUGAGCGUCACGUUUUUGAGUGUCCUGACUUUAGCAAUACCGGCCGAUGUAAGAUCAAGGGAUGCAAACUCCCGCAUCGUGAGAGGGCAAGCGUCCUUCGAAACAGAUCCAACGCCCACGGCGAGCCUCUUGGAGAUAUUUCAAGUGAUGACGAAGCUGCAGAUUCUGAUGAUGUUGAUUCAGAUGAAGUUGCCGAGUUCAUCGACGCAGAUUCGGAUGUUUCCGACUUUGAAGAACAGAAGGAUUUCCUAUCGAUUUAG